CAGGGGACGUGACUUGGACAGAAAAUGGGACGAAAGGGGCCAGUCCUUGGUUAGGACCGCCCUUUCUCUUUGUUCGGCCCCAGGCCAUUCCCCUGAUCAUUGUAAGUAGGACAGUGGGUGCCUUAGCCCUGUCACCGCCUUCAAGCGGAAUUGGGCAGCACAGAGCUGCUGUCUUUGACCGGGAACGCGGUGCGUGGACACUGUGUGCUCCCCACUGUGUACAUUUGUUGUCCGCGGAAGUUUCUGCCAAAUCUUUAACACUUGCAGCCAAUUAAACACAAAUUCCUAAUGUCCGCAACUUCUAUUUGCGAUCAUUUAAUUUAUCACAGGCCUUUCCUGACAAGUAUUAGAAUCAGGUCCAAACUCUGUCUUAACCACCAAAAAGGGGGAAUUCUGAGCCCUUGCUCCUUCUCCACGGACCACUCUGCCCACCUCUUGCAGCCAAUCCUAUAGCCAGUGAGCGGGGCUGUGGCCUUGACCGGAGGAUUUCUCUCGUCAGUGACAGUCCCUCCUCCUUUUCUGAAUAGAGUCUGUCUGUCUUAGGGUGGAGAAUGUGUGGAUUCAGCACAAGGUUCUCCUGGAGAUAUGUAAAUGUGAAAAAGGAAUGACUCUUUGGAUGGAACAUGUCAAGCCGAUGAAGAUGGCGUGAGGAUGCUUGAAGGAUUAGCAGGAGUCUGAGCAGGGGCAGGAAAGCAGGUCAUCCAUGGAACAGGCAGCCAGCUGCGUUUCCCUUCUUUUUUUUUUUGCUCUUCCAAAAAAGAUUCCCUAAUAAGGGGGAGGAAUCCCCUUAUGUGAAAAAUGUGCACCCAGAGUAAAAAUUGCUGUGUCACUUUUUGGAAGCCCUCCUUUUCCUCUUUAUUUCCAAAAUAAAGCUUCCCCCCACCUUCUCCUCCCUCUUCUCCUCUUCGUCCUUCUCCUCCUCCUUCUCUUCUUCUCCUCCUCUUCUUCUUUUUCUCCUUCUCCCUCUCUUCUUCCUCCUCUCCCUUUCUUCCUCCUCCCCAUUCUUCUUCUUCUUCUUCUCUUCUUCUUCUUCUUCAAUAAAAUGUUAUUUCUGGAUAUGGUCAAUGUUGAAUUCAAGAGGUAUAAAAAGAAAUACUGUAAAACAAUAUGUUAAUAGCAUGGUAACUAGGUUUAUCAUGGUGAUCACUUUGCAAUAUGUUCAAAUAUCAAAUCAUUAUGUUGUACACCUGAAAUGAAUACAAUGUUGGAUGUCAAUUAGACUUUAAUAAAAAAAACUUACUGAGAUUAAAAUGCUAAAAUACUCUCCUUAAAGCAUAAAGUAUAGACACAUUAUGAAAAAAAUUUCACCUUGUCUUCAAUUCCACCUCUGAAGAAAGUUAUUAUUUCUAGUUUCUUGUGUAUACUUCCAGAGAUAGUCUAUAUAUGAGUGUAUUCUGACAUUAUGGAUUGAGCCCCGCAAAAAUAAAACAAGAUUUACAACCCAGAAAAAGACCGUCCUCGUUGUGCCCAAAGAGAAAGAGGUGAUCAUUAUGUGGAUUAUGUGAGAUUGUGAGGCUCCCUCCUAGAUUUUCUGAUUCACAUAGAAUUCUCUACAGAAGGAUAGUCCUUACGAUCCAUAGAUCAAAAGACAGACUCCAACCCUGCUGAGGUUAGACUCAAUAAAAUAAAAUCCAUUCAGAGUAUUUCCUGUUCUAAAUUGUGGGGCACAAACCAGUCAGGGAUUCUGCCAGCAGCAUCAUCGUGGAGUCUGUCGUUGGUCUACAAAUGUAAAUCACUCAGCCAGUGCAUUAGUCAGCUUGGAUUGCCAUAACAAAAUAGGACAGGCUGGGUGGCUUAAACAAUAGAAAUGUAUUUCUUAUUUUUUUUCCAAGGUGCUGGCAGGACUGGUUUCUAGCGAGGCCUCUGUUCCUGGCUUAUAGAUUUCUGCCUUCUCAUUGUGGUCUUUCCCUUGUGUGUGGGCAGACAGAGAGAGAGAGAGAGAGAGAGAGUUCUGUGUCUCUUUCUCUUCUUGUAAGGGCGCCAUUCUUAUCAGACCUGGGCCCUACCCUUAAAACCUCAUUUAACCUUAAUCACUUCCUUAAAGACUCUGUCUCCAAACAUAGUCACGUUGGAGGUGAGCGCUUCAACAUAUGAAUUUGGGGGGAACACAGUUCAGUCCACGACAAUGGUGGACCAUUAGCUAAUGGUGAUAACUAUUUUAAUGAAAUAAUAGCAGUGACUAUUUAAGUACCUACUCUGUGUUGGGCAAUGUACAGCUUGCUCUGUGCAUAUCAUUUAUAGUUCUCAAAAUAACUCCACAAGGUAGGCAUUAUUACUCCCAGGGAGUAAUACUUAACGAUUGAUCCGGUUUGAGUGCUGACCAAUCAGAAUGAACACUGACUAUAAACUAUGUUCCAGUGCCUGAGGGCUGAGGAGGAGCCCCAAAAGAUUCCAUUGCUCAGGUGAAAAAGGGGAGAUUUGGAGAGAUUAGGUGAAUUAUAUACAAGCUCAUACAGCUGGCAAAUGGUGGAUCAGGGACUGGAAACCACGUCUGUCAGACUCAACAUUAUUUUGUCCCUCCGCCAUUUCCACGGGAGCUGUCUGCAGAGGGUCUCCAUAGUUCUCCAUCUCAGUGAGCCUCGGAGUGUCUUCCAUCGUAUCCACAACUGACUUAACAGUGCCUGCUUUGGAAGAGGCUGGCUUAGUAUCAAGGUCAAUGUGCCUGUUGGCUCCUCUCAGAGCUGACCCAGACCUUGAUGCAAGGGCCUUCCUCACUGCCCACUCCGGCUCACGUCUGACAGUAUUGCAGGGUUUCUGAAUCCGGGUCUUUGCAAGGGGCCCCAGCUGUCUUUCCCAAAAGGCAUAUCUGGGUCUCUGGGGUCCUUUGCCUCCAUCCAUGAACUUGACCUCCACUGGUUGUCUGGAUCAGGUAUGUGUACCCAUGGUACAGCUUACACGUGUAUUUGAUCCGAUCUUGGGUCUUAGACUCCAGCCUGAUUAUCCAUCAUGAAGUACCAAACACCAGAAGUCUAGUACUUCUAGGCUAAAUCCAUUCUUUGAAUUACCUCCCAAUAACCUCCUCUUCCUGUUCCACGUGCUCCUCAUUCUCUCUACUUUCUUGGUGUUCUUCUUGCUUUCAUGUCCCGAUUUUUCCUCUUCUCCUUUUUUCUGUUCUCCCUCUGAUUUAGGGCUGUGUUAGCAUGUACUCAAGAAAGUAGUCUUCACUUUCCACAUUUAUGGCUUAAGAACAUUUCUGUCUCCUGGGCCGUCAGGGGCUCAGUGUAUCAGUGGGACAGUGUAUGAAACUUUCCAUCCAUCAGUCAGCGAUAUCUGUAAGCAAGCUGGAACUGGUCCCAGUUCAAGGCACUUUCAUUAAAGAUUAAAAAGCAGCCUGGAGCUUUUUUCUCUUUCUCGCCGCCAUCCUGCUCUGUGUGGCUGACUGUUUCUCACCAUGUCUUCUCACAAGACUUUCAGAAUCAAGCGAUUCCUGGCCAAGAAACAAAAGCAGAAUCACCCCAUUCCCCAGUGGAUUCGGAUGAAAACUGGUAAUAAAAUCAAGUACAACUCCAAGAGGCACUGGAGAAGAACCAAGCUGGGUCUAUAAAACGUCACACAUCAUGAGAUGACACACCUAAUUGGCACCACAUAUUCAAUUAAGUUGUGUGAAGAUCAUGUGUUCUAUCCUAUCACUCUGUAAACAUCCUUCCUACGUGGCCAUACACAUGCUUUAUCAUUGAAAUGAUUUUUCUCUGUUACUAUGCCCCUGCACCAGUAGGUUGGUUCAGGAAUAAAUGUGAGACCUUUCGUCUCUACUACUGCUGUGUUUCUGAUUUGUGAAGUACUGAACUCCCCCUCCUGUCAGAUCAUGCAUUGCACUGUCAGAUAGAACUUUCUGCAGUGAUAGAAAUGUCCCUUGACAACCAAGUAUGUAAAGUGUGGCUAGGGGGCGCCUGGGUGGCUCAGU